UUGAUAGCGGAACUGCCAGGCUAAAUAACAAGGCUAGUUCCUUGUACAAACAGCUGAACUGUCCACCAUAAACGGUGGGGUGCUUCUCAACGUUUCUCCAUUUCAGGUCAGCCAUUGUAUCACGGAGAGGAGGAUCUUUCCUUCUCCGUUUUCCUUGAAAUUGGUUGGGAUUUUGACUCAUGCAGCAAUAAUCUAGAUCAGUGAAGGAAGAUCUGCUUACAACAUGGGGUCUGAAGAGGCCUACAACUUUGUUUUCAAAGUGGUUCUUAUUGGAGAGUCUGGCGUUGGCAAGAGCAACUUGCUGUCACGGUUCACCAAGAAUGAGUUUAAUCACGACAGCCGGACGACCAUCGGGGUGGAGUUCAGCACCAGAACUGUGCAGUUAAACGGCCUCACCAUCAAAGCUCAGAUCUGGGACACAGCCGGACUGGAGCGGUGCGGGCCAUCACUUCGCUUUGAUCUGUUUUUCCUGUAUCGCAGAUAUUACCGAGGAGCGGUCGGAGCUCUGCUAGUCUAUGACAUUUCAAAGCACUUGACAUAUGAAAGUGCUGAGCGCUGGCUGAAGGAGCUCUACGAUCACGCAGAUCCUCAUAUCGUAGUGAUGCUUGUGGGCAACAAAUCGGACCUGGCAGCAGUGCGGUCUGUCCCAACAGAGGACGCCAAGGACUUUGCAGAAAAGAAUGGUCUUCUAUUCAUGGAAACCUCUGCUUUGGAGUCAGUAAACGUCGAGGCGGCGUUCAACACCGUGCUUACAGAAAUCCACAAAAAGGUGAGCAGCAAAGAAGUGACCCGAGGCUCUAUCAAUGCCGUGACAUUGUCCCAGCCUAAAGCAGCAGCAGACGACGCACAAGACGAAAAGAAGGCCUGCUGUAAAAACCUGUGAAAGAACAUCCCAGAACUUCACGAGGGUCCUAAAGGAGCUGCGAAUUCAGCUUCUGCAGUAGAGAUAGGAUUGUGAAAGAACGAGUAUGAUAAAAAUGAUAAAAAGCAAAUCCAUCGCACUGACUGACAUAGCCAUAUUUGUAUUGUUAAAUAUUAUGUAACAAGUAAAAUACAUUUUAAUGUUUAUCAGGCUUGACCAAAAAAAAUCAUGUCGAUUUUAAUUAAUUUGAAUGUUUUCCCUAAAUGUCCCCUUUCAGUUUUUCUUUGUAGUAUUUAUGAAAUGUCAUGCCAAAUUAUUAUUAUUUUUUCCUUUACACUUGCAUUCAUUCAACAGACUUUUUUUUUUUAAUCCAAAGAGACUUUUAAAUGUAGCAUACAACAAGCUAUUCAUCUCACUCAAGUUAUUAAAAAUUGACAGAUUAACUUUAUCGCUUUAAUUAGUGUAAAAUGGAAGAAAGGAAAAAAAAAAAAAAGAUAUUUUUCGGUUUGCAUGUUCAUCCUCACUGUUCGGUUUUUAAUUUGAUUUGUUCAACACACCUAAUGAAGACAAUAAGCCACACACGUGUGGUUAAGAAAAUAAUUUGUAAUAUUCAAGACUAAUCAGCGCUAAUUUAAUAUUUUGUAGCAUAGCAUUUAAAAGUGUUGAUUUGUAUCCUCAUGAAUGAAUACCGGUGCUGCAGGUAUUAUCAGUUGCUGCUCUUAACAUGACAUAAAGAAAAUAUAUACAUAUAUAUGUCAUUUUCCAUUAAGAAUUAAAGCAGAAAUAUGCAUGAAAAAUG